CCUGGUCCCCUACAUCCCUAUUACCAACUCUUUCCGCGACAGUGUAGAGACAGUUCAGACAAGAAUCAUUUUCAGUGUGAGAUAUAAAAGGAAGGAGAGAAAAAAUUUUGAAAUAGAGUCGUGAAGGCGAAGAUCUCUGAAAGGCUUUGGAAGUGGAACCCGCGGCGAAGACGGGAAAUCAUUUUCGCAGCGACCAAUACUGAGCUAUGCAACAGAAUCUUUCUCUUCGGGUUUGCUAGUUAGAUUUUAGUAAUGGAGAUUAAGCCAUCAGCACCGGAGUUCAUCGUCCCCGAAAACAUCCUCCGACGAAUACUCGCCGUGGCAAACUGUUACAGAUUAGACGAAGCCCUAGAACUUCUCACGGAAGCCGCUCUAACUGAACAUGGCCGCUCUGACCUAGCUUCCAAGCACGUUCUCCCUGCUGUUCUUCAACUCUCGAGAUUUCUCUCUUCUUCGUCUUCGGCUCAUCGUCAUCUUCUCUUUUCCUCUCUCAGACUCCUACGAAACCUUUGCGCAGGAGAAAUUGUUAAUCAGAACUCUUUUGUAAGAGAGAAUGGUGUCGAAGUUGUCUCAAUCGCUUCCGGUUAUCUGGGUUUCGAUUCGGAUUCCGAUUUUACCUUCGUUCGGGCUGGAUUGUUGGUACUCGGGAAUAUUUCUUUGGCUGGAGAGGAACAUCGGUCUGCCGUUUGGGAUUGGCACUUUCCGGUUGGGUUUUUGGAGAUUGCAAGAAUUCGGAAGGUUGAGGUUUCUGAUCCUUUGAGUAUGAUCAUAUAUAAUUGCACUAAAGGAAGCCCUGAGCGAAUUGGAGAUCUGACUGGGGUUCGAGGUUUACCUAUCCUCGCCGAGAUGGUGAGGAAUGCUUCAACAGUUGGAUUCCAAGAAGAUUGGUUGAAGUUGCUUCUUUGUGGCAUUUGCUUUGAAGAUUCCCAUUUUCUUUCGUUGUUCUCUGAAUUAAGCUUAGUUGAUAAUGGCAACAAUGAUGGCAAUUUUAAAUAUGGAGAUAACGAUUUUACAACGGAACAAGCUUUUCUGAUGAGUACCCUUGCGGAGUGUUUGAACAAAAAAAUGGCUGAAAUUUAUGUAUCAAAUGAUUUCGCGCGCUCUGUUCUUGGAAUACUGAAAAUAGCUGCUGGGGUUCUUGAUUGUGUUUCAAGAGGCAAGUCUGAUCUUCCAACGGGUUCUGCUGCAAUCGACGUUCUUGGGUACUCACUUACCACUCUGAGGGAUAUUUGUGCACGGGAUGAGAUGGUGAGCUCUGUAAAGGAUAACUCAGGUGGUGUUACUGAAUCGUUACUGUCAUCAGGAAUUGUAGAAAUCAUGUUAGAUUUGCUUCGUAACCUCGAGCCACCUGCAAUAAUCAGGAAGUCUACCAAGCAAGGUGAAAGCUGCGAAAACCGUAAAGGAUAUAUUGCUUCUAAAUCGCCAAAGGUCUGCCCUUACAAAGGAUUCCGGAGGGACAUUGUUGGUGUCAUUGGGAAUUGCUUGUACCGUAGGGACCAUGUACAGAAUGAAAUUAGGCAGAAGAAUGGGGUUCUUCUGCUAUUGCAACAAUGUGUUACUGAUGAAGAUAACCCAUUCUUAAGGGAAUGGGGUAUUUGGACUGUAAGGAACUUAUUGGCAGGAAAUGCAGAAAAUCAAAGGGAAGUGGCUGAAUUGAAGGUUCAAGGGUCUGUUGAUUUGCCUGAAUUUGCAGCACUUGGUUUGCGAGUGGAGGUAGAUCCGAAUACUGGUCGUGCAAAGCUUGUUAAUGUCUCUGCUGGUGAAAAUAUUCCUGUAAGUUAGACAAGAAUUUGGACCAGAUGGUGUUCUUUAUCUGAGUUCUGGAAUUGCUCUUUCAAUGCCUCAUAUGAUGUUGGUUCAUGGUUCGUUGCAUCUUCUUGAUUGUAUAUGGACAAGGGUUCUGCAUACCUUCCCUGGUGGAAUGGAUAGAGAAGAAGAAUGUACCCGUGUAAAGGUAAUAUUGAAAACUUUGUAGUUGUGGCAAGCUAGUCUUGGGCCAUGGCAGAGUAGGGAACUGGGAGGUGAGUUAGUAUUGCAGUUCAAAACUGAGACUUCUCCCUGUCUCGUCUCUCCCACCUCCACUCCUUCUCUGGUUCUUGUUUUUAGCUCGACCAUGAUCCUUCUGUGCUACCUCUAACUAAUUGUGAGGCGCAAGGGCCAUCAUGGCUUUAGAUUUUGGUUUAGGUGUAGAUUGCAAAACUUAGCCUUAAUAUUUUCCAAUAAAUUUCUGCAGAAUUUCUUUGAGACAAUUUUGGGUGUUCUUUUUUCCAACAUUAGUGAAAUAAAAUCAUAAAUUGGGAUUCUUCGA